CCCCUUCGUUAGUCUUGUAAUACCGUAGUAAAAAUGAAAGAAAGCUAACAGUGUCAAGCUUUCUUAUUGUGUUACAUAUCGUACACCUCCCGCAUUACCUACAUUAUUGAUUAUUGACAGUGAUAAAUGCGGCUAGGCCUAUUCGUCCUUCAGCGCCAUCAGGAUUCCGCCUUGUCCUAUAACAAGGGUCUAGACCGGUAGAUCCGUACAUCUAGUUUAUAUAUACAGAACCUGAAUAUCCCGCUGCUAAUUGAUAUAGCUGAUUCUUUCCCGAUUUUCCUUCUCCCCCCCCUUCUUAUCUUCCACGAAGGCCCACGCUACCUACCAACUCAUAAAUGGAUUAAACCGUAGGGAAGGAAAAGGCCAAUAUCCGCAAAGAUGUCAGAAGAUACCGAGAAAGAGGUUGCGGAUAAUGCUAGGGUUAUCUCGCAUCCCUACGCGCAUGGAGGCCAUGACGAGGAGGUCGGAAUCAUCAACCAGGGCGGGCAGCUUCGCACGGAUUUGAGGAACCGUCAUAUGCAAAUGAUAGCAAUUGGCGGCGCCAUCGGAGCUGGUUUGUUCAUCGGAUCGGGUAGUGCUCUAUACCACGGAGGACCGGCUGCACUGAUCAUCGGCUACCUCAUCGUCGGCGUCAUGUUGCUAUUCACGAUGCAGGCUCUCGCAGAAUUAGCAGUCAUGUAUCCAGUAAACGGAGCGUUCUAUACUUAUGUCGUGAGAUUCGUCGACCCGGCUUGGGGCUUCGCGAUGGGAUGGGAAUAUGCCAUCGCGUGGUUGACGGUCUUGCCGUUCGAGCUAAUCGCCGCCGGCAUCACCAUCGAAUUCUGGCGGCCCGAUCUCAACAUAGCCAUCUGGGUUACCGUAUUCCUGGUCGUCUUGGCCUUGAUCCAGAUAUUCGGUGUGCGAGGCUACGGUGAAGUCGAGUUUAUCCUUAGUAUGAUCAAAAUCGCGGCUUGCUCAGGGUUUAUCAUAUUGGGUAUUAUAAUAAACUGCGGCGGAGUUGGUGAUAGGGGAUAUCUUGGCGCAAAAUACUGGUAUGAUCCAGGGGCUUUCAAGAACGGCUUCAAUGGAUUCGCAGGCGUCUUCGUCGUUGCCGCCUUCGCUUUCGGCGGCACCGAACUGGUUGGUCUAGCAGCUGCCGAGUCGGUCGAUCCUCGACGCGCGAUCCCCAUGGCUUCUAAGCAAGUCUUCUUCCGCAUUGCCUUCUUCUACGUUAUUAAUCUCUUCAUCCUUGGAUUGAUACUGCCAUCCAACGAUACGCGGCUGGAGAACUCGACCGGCUUCAACUCGAGCUACUCGCCUUUCGUCUUGGCCAUCGAGGAUGCCGGAAUCGCUGUCUUACCGUCGAUAUUCAACGCGGUCAUCACCGUUUCAGUCAUUAGCGUCGCUAAUUCGUGCACAUUCGGCUCGACGCGUACAAUGCAGGCCAUGGCCGAAAGGGGCAUGGCACCUCAAUUCCUCGCGUACAUCGAUAAAGCCGGCCGACCCCUAUACUGUGUUAUGGUACAACUUGCAUGCGGUCUUUUGGGUUAUGUCGGUGUGGCAUCGAAUGGGCUGGAUGUCUUCAACUGGCUACUCUCCCUUUCGGGCUUGUCGUACUUAUUCGUAUGGGGAUCUUGUUGCCUCGCCCAUAUCCGAUUCAGGUUGGCCUGGCAGGCACAGGGACGCAGUCUGAGAGAGAUCCCCUACAGGCCACCGCUGGGGAUCUGGGGCAGUGUCAUCGGCUUGGCUCUCAAUAUUAUCUGUCUGAUUGCAACUUUUUAUAACGCUCUUUACCCCUCACCUAAUUCGCACCCAGAAGCCGCAAAAUUCUUCCAGGCGUACCUCGCUGCCCCGAUCGUCAUUUUCUUGUAUGUGUUCUGGAAGACAUGGUCAGGUAGUUGGCGACAGAUGUGGGUCAAACUCAACGAUAUCGAUCUGACGGCCGGAGCUCGUCCGUUGGAGAUGGAGGAGGAGGAUGGGGUCGUGGAGGAAAAGACAUGGCUUAACCUACCUUUCCGCAUCUUCAGGGCCCUCUUUUGAGUAUUAUGGCGUUAGUCCUGGUAAGUCUGCUAAUGAGGUUCGAGGUAAUUCGUGGAAGGCUUUAGCUUGGAUUAUGUGUACCAUGAGUGUUGAUAUGUCCUAUUGUAUAAUGGUCUACCCUGGUUUAUUAUUCAUGUCACUCUUAAUUACUACCUAGAUAAUACCCACCUAGGUACAUAAUAUAUAUCUACUCUCGGGGCCGUAA